UCCGGCCCUUUGUACGCUUUCGUUUUGCUACCGACAACCGAAAUUUUCACACUGCGUCCCGACAAAUUGUUUCAUAAUCGCCGCCGCCAUCGAAAAAACACCGACGGCCGAUCCUAAGCAAAUAAUACUACCGCCGUUAAUAAUAAUCGAACGCGUUGUAAACACUAUAUUAUAUUGUCGUAUAAACGCCAGUCGCCUCGGGCGGUCAAAACGAUGGACAGAAUACCGCCGCAAUACAGUGCGUUCACUUUGGACGAGCCUUGGCUAUCCGACAACAUGGCCAACACCAACGACAGCUCAUCAGAUUCCAACGAAGGUUACUCCACAUUUACCCCGCCGGCUUCACCCUACGACAGUAGAAGUUUGAACGUGAUCAAGUUGAUGGACAGACUAAGCGAGCAGAUAAUGCGGGACAGGCACAACCCGGAAAAUUACGCACUGCCUUCUUCGUCAAGCAUGAGUUUUACUGACGUGGACAGUUUGCGUCCGCUUUCGGCACAUUGUAGAUUCAAAACGCUCGAAAGGUCAACGGACGAAUCUUUGGAAAAAAGAUCUUGGUUCUUUUUGGCUUGGUUCAGAGGCUUAGACUUCAUAAUCGAACCUCAAAGUUUAUGCUAUGUGGCUUGGCUCAGUCUCGUGACCAUGUCCUAUCUGUACAACUGCUGGGUCAUACCCCUACGCAUCACGUUCCCAUACCAGACGCCGGAGAACUUAUGGAAAUGGAUGCUGUUGGACUACUGCGCGGACGUAGUCAACCUAUUGGACACGUUCGUCGUUAAACCUAGGGUGAUGUACUUGAAAGACGGAUUUUGGGUCCGAGAUCUCAAGCUGAUCGAAGCCAACUAUCUGGAUAAACUUCAGUCAAAAUUGGACAUUCUAUCGUUGGCGCCAACGGAUAUUGCCUGCUUGAUGCCGUGGUGCACCGCUGAAAUGUUGCCUUUAAUGCGUCUGAACCGGAUCGUUAAGAUCCAAACGUUCUGGGAGUUCUUCGACCAUUUCGACAGCGUGUUGUCGUCGCCGUACGUAGUCCGAGUGGCCAGAACUUUGACUUAUAUGGUUUAUUUGGUCCAUCUGAAUGCCUGCGCUUAUUAUUACGUGUCGGUGACCGAAGGGCUUGCCAUCAACAGCUGGGUGUUUAACGGACAGGGUAACGCGUACAUCAGGUGUUUUUUCUUCGCCACCAAAACGGCCACGUCCAUCGGCAAGAAUCCGCAUCCGGAAAACGAAAUGGAAUACUUGUUCAUGACCGCCAGUUGGCUAAUGGGGGUGUUCGUGUUUGCCAUAUUGAUUGGACAGAUCAGAGACAUAAUAGCCACGGCCACCAGGUCGCAAACGGAGUACAGAAAACUGCAAGACGAGACUUUGGAGUAUCUGAGAAAACUGAACAUACCUCCGCGCAUUCGUCAACGAGUAGAACAGUGGUUUUCGUUUACUUGGGAACAGCAACGCACAUUGGACGAAAAUCGAAUUUUGGACUCGUUGCCGCACAAAAUGAAAACCGACGUGGCCAUUAGCGUUCACAUGAAAACGCUGAACAAAGUGCAACUGUUCAAAGACUGCGACCAAGCAUUGUUGCGCGAACUGGUGUUGAAGCUAAGGCCGAUUUUGUACUUGCCGGGAGAUUACAUAUGUCGGAAGGGAGAAGUGGGCAAGGAGAUGUACAUAGUGAAAACCGGUCAAGUGCAAGUAGUCGGUGGCGAUAACGACAACGAAGUGUUGGCCACGCUUACCGAAGGUUCGGUUUUCGGGGAAAUCAGUCUGUUGAGCUUGUGCGGCACUAACCGAAGGACGGCGGACGUUAGAUCUCACGGGUUUUCGAAUAUUUUCGUGUUGAGCAAAGAAGACCUGAACGAGGCUAUUAAAUUCUAUCCGAACGCUCAAGCUAUUCUCAAACGAAAAGCGAGAGAACUUAUUCAACAAAACGCCGAUCGAGAACACAGACAAAUGCCUAAAGAGCUGCUCGGUAACAUGUUCGGAAAUAGUAGAGAAAAUCUAAUUUUAUAGAGUAGUAAAUUCACUGUUAUAGAUUUUGGUGUUUUUUUUUUUUUGUAUUCAAACAUAUAUAUUGGCCAAUCAAAAACCGUUUUCGUAACA